AUGAGCUCUGGAUACUUGUACCCAAGUAUACCAUCAAAUGGCGGCUCCGGCAGGUCUACCCCGUUAUCUGUGACCUCGAACCGCUCAAGCUCGCCAUCAAAGCCCGCCACUUCUACCGGAGAUAGUUUUGCGAACCUGGUCUCAUUCAAUUCUUCCGCCGGGAACAAGAACCUUUCUCUUAUGGAACAGCAGAGGCGCCUGCAGGAGGAAAAGGCUAAGAAGGAAGCCGAUAAUCGCAAUCGGUUCGAAUCGCAAUACGGAGGCAAGAACAACCAAUUCUGGGACAACUUUGAAGGACGUACGCGGAGCCCCGCAUCUGUACCUGUCUCUCGAUCCGUACCCCCACCCGCGGACGAUGAGGAUAUCCUGGCUGCCUUCGAUGCUGCAGCGCCGGUGGAUGCGUCGACUCAUUUCCCAGUUCCCGACUCCUUGAGAUCAUCGCCUCAAAUCGACAUGAACCGUAGCCCAGAAUUUUCCAAUGGAGGAAUUUCCAUGCAGGACAACACGGGGGGGUAUGGAUGCCUUUGA